CGUUUUGAUAAAAAUGUGUUUUUAUUGAAAACUCUAUUUAAAUGACAUUUGAAUUGAAUUACAAUAAUAUGGAUAACAAUACCCGCCAUAAGAAGAGCGCACAUCUGGUCUGCGAUUCCGGGCCUUUCAUUAUCGGCACUCAAAUAGAGGAUUUGGCCGAAAACGUGUAUACAUUGCCUGAAGUGGUGAAUGAGAUUAAGGAUGAAAACACACGACAAAGACUUCAAUUCAUUUCAUAUGAACUCAAAUACAGAGAGCCAAGUGAACCACAAUUGGCACGAGUUAUGAAGAAGACUAUUGAAGACUCGAACCAAUCACUGAUUGGCUUCUAUGUCGACAAACAUGAAGACAACAACGAAACGGAAGAUAAUUCCAAAGAUACUGUCAAAGAGGUAUCAGAAGAGGUGGGAAGUGAUGGCGAAGAUAAUAAUAGUGGUGACGAAGAGGAGGGGAGUGAUGGUGAAGACGAGGGUUGGAUUACACCGAAUAAUGUGAAAGAUAUUAGAAGACAAAUGCAAGGACUGAAAGUGGACGACGAAGUGGAGGAAGAAGUGUCCGUUGGAUGUCUUACGGGAGACUAUGCGAUGCAAAACGUGUUAUUGCAGAUGGGAUUGAAAGUGAUUGGCAUUAAGGAUGGACUGCGGAUUAGAUCCACAAAACAGUUUGUGUUGAGAUGUUUCGCGUGUUUUAAGAUCACCACAAAAUCAAACAAUGCUUUCUGUAAUAAUUGUGGAAAUUAUAGGACUUUAAAACGGGUCGCUCUCACUGUCAAAGAGGACGGAACUAAAGAAAUAUACAUCAACUUUAAGAAACCGAUUAAUAUUAGAGGCACUCGUUAUUCACUGCCCACUCCGAGAGGCGGAAAGCACACCAAUAAUCCUGUUCUUGUGGCGGAUCAGACACAACCACAAAAUCGCAAAACCAAGUUUGCCGUCGAGGAGAAGAGGGGACACAACUGCGAGAACAUCCUAACAGAUCCCGAAUAUGUGAAUCGUUUGAAUCCGUUUGCUAUUAACGAUGUUUACAGCAGAAGCUCUCGGAUUAACGCAAACAUUCGCCGAACGGUUAAUCCAAACGUUACUCGAAGACCGACCGAGGACGGAACUAAAGAAAUAUACAUCAACUUUAAGAAACCGAUUAACAUUAGAGGCACUCGUUAUUCAUUGCCCACUCCGAGAGGCGGAAAGCACACCAAUAAUCCGGUUCUUGUGGCGGAUCAGACACAACCGCAAAAUCGCAAAACCAAGUUUGCCGUCGAGGAGAAGAGGGGACACAACUGCGAGAACAUCCUAACAGAUCCCGAAUAUGUGAAUCGUUUGAAUCCGUUUGCUAUUAACGAUGUCUACAGCAGAAGCUCUCGGAUUAACGCAAACAUUCGCCGAACGGUUAAUCCAAACGUUACUCGAAGACCGACCGGUAAUCGGAAGAAAAAGUCAAACAAACUUUAA